UCGACGGAGGCGGACGCAGGAGGAGAACACAGACAGGAGUCCACCAUGAGCACCGAGAGGAAGCCGAUCCUUUCCAACCCAGGACCCUGAACCUCUGGAUUUCCUCCUGCGGUGGAUGUUUCCUUUUAUUGAUCUCGGUUGCAGACCUCGGACCUUCCUCCGUCGGACCUUCCUCCAGUAACGGACCUCCUGCGUAAAACCAUACCUGGCGCAGGUCUCAUGUAGUCUGCUUCUGUUCCCCAUUUGUAGAUAGUCAUCUCAGCCGAAGGGCCUCUAAAUCCGAAAAUUACUACAACUGCGGGCAUAUUUUUCUUUUUGCAGCCGGAAAAUGUGAUUGUUUGCCCUUCCCAUGCGCCAGGCUCCGUUAUUGGCAUCGUGAACAGCUGGGACGCGUUGAGAAGAUUGUGGAUUUUAUUCUUUCGCCAGAAAUGAGCGUCGAUUUAAUUGAAUCAUCUACAUGAGUGGAGUCUAAACAAACCUCUCCCAGGGAGUGCACAUACACGGUUCCCCCCUCUCACACCUUAUCGGCUGAAAUCCACGGCGACUCGCUGGGAAUAUGGAAAACGAGGUUUUCACCCCCUUGCUGGAGCAGUUCAUGCUCACGCCUCUGGUGUGCUGGGUGAAGACUGUGGGACAGCCGACAGUGACCGAUGGAUCCAAAUUAUCGGAAUAUAUCGAGUUAGUGGAUGGGAUUUACCUGAACGAGAUUAUGAUUGAGAUAAACCCAAAGGCCACGGUGCAGAGGACCAACAAAAAAGUGAACAAUGAUCCCACGCUGCGAAUCCAGAACCUUUCAAUUCUCAUCAGGCAAAUCAAAGGCUACUAUCAGGAGAGCCUCCAGCAGCUGGUGAUGAUGCCUUUACCGAAUGUGCUCGUGCUCGGUCGUAACCCGCUGUCUGAACAAGGCCUAGAGGAGAUGAAGAAGCUGUUGCUGCUGCUUCUUGGCUGUGCUGUCCAGUGUGAGAAGAAGGAGGAGUACAUUGAGCGUAUCCAGACGUUGGACUUUGACACCAAAGCUGCCAUCGCCUCCCACAUCCAAGAGGUGACUCAUAACCAGGAGAACGUAGUGGACCUGCAGUGGCUGGAAAGUGGAGAAAUGCCUGCCGAGGACCUGGACGGCCUGUCCAGAAACCUGGCUUUCCACCUCAAGCGGCUGGUGGAUGAAAGAGACACCCAGCUGGAGACCAUCGUGGAGCUGACCCAGGAGCGGGACUCUGUGCAGCUCUCCCCUCUGGGUCCCUGUUCCAGCCAGUCUCCCGGAGACUCCCCCAGUAUGAGGAGGACCGAGAGCCGACAGCACCUCUCCGUGGAGCUGGCUGAUGCCAAGGCCAAGAUCAGGCGCCUUCGGCAGGAACUGGAGGAGAAGAGUGAACAGCUCCUGGACACCAGGCAGGAGCUGGAGAACAUGGAGGUGGAGCUGAAGAGACUCCAGCAGGAGAGCUAUCAGCUGCUCUCCGAUGCUCGGUCGGCUCGGGCCUACCGUGACGAGCUGGACGCGCUCAGAGAAAAAGCCAUUCGCGUGGACAAACUGGAGAGCGAGCUGACCCGGUACAAGGAGAGGCUUCACGACAUCGAGUUCUAUAAGGCCAGAGUGGAGGAACUGAAGGAGGACAAUCAGAUCCUUCUGGAGACAAAAACCAUGCUGGAAGAGCAGCUCGAUACCACCAGGACCCGCUCUGACAAGCUGCACCAUCUGGAGAAGGAGAACCUGCAGCUCAAAUCCAAGAUGCAUGACCUGGAGAUGGAGCGAGACUUGGACCGGAAGCGUAUGGAGGAGCUCCUGGAGGAGAACCUCGUGCUCGAGAUGGCCCAGAAACAGAGCAUGGACGAGUCUCUGCACCUUGGCUGGGAGCUGGAGCAGCUGUCCAAGACGCCGGAGCUGACAGAAGCCCCUCAGAAGUCUCUGGGCGAGGAGGUGAACGAGCUGACCUCGAGCCGCCUGUUGAAGCUGGAGAAAGACAACCAGGCGCUGCUGAAGACGGUGGAGGAGCUCCGAGGAGCCGCUAGUCAGGACGUGGUGGCAAAACUGGCCAAAGUCAAUCAAGAAAACCAAAAACUAAACCAGAAGUUGGAGCAGCUGGAGAGUGAAGUGACGGCGGAGAGGGAGUCGCUCCGCAGCGCUGAAUCACUCAGUACCGACCUGAUGAAGGAGAAAGCUUUACUGGAGAAGACUCUGGAAACUCUCCGAGAAAACUCAGAACGACAGCUGAAAGGUCUGGAGCAGGAGAACAAGCACCUGGGUCAGACCGUGUCGUCCCUGCGCCAGCGCUGCCAGGUGGGCGCCGAAGCCCGGGUCAAAGACGUGGAGAAGGAAAACCGGGUUCUGCACGAGUCCAUCUGCGAGACCACCGCCAAGCUCAACAAGAUGGAGUUUGAAAGGAAGCAGCUGCGUAAGGAGCUGGAGGUGAUGAAGGAGAAGGGAGAGCGAGCAGAGGAGCUGGAGAUCCGCAUGCAGAAGCUGGAACGGGAGAACGAGAGCCUGCAGAAGAAAGUCGCCAGUUUGGGAAUCACUUGUGAAAAGGUGUCGUCUUUGGAGAAGGAGAACUCUGACCUGGAGGCGGAGGGCCGUCGCCUGAAAAAGAAGCUGGACGCCCUGAAGAACAUGGCGUUCCAGCUGGAGGCUCUGGAGAAGGAGAACUCCCAGCUGGAGCAGGAGAACCUGGAGCUCCGGCGCUCGGCCGAGAGCCUCCGGUCGGCCGGGGCGAAGGCCGCUCAGCUGGAGGCCGAGAACAGGGAGCUGGAGAGCGAGCGGAGCCAGAUGAAGCGCAGCCUCGAACUGCUCAAAGCCUCCUCCAAGAAGACGGAGAGAUUAGAGGUGAGCUACCAGGGCCUCGACACUGAGAACCAGCGUCUGCAGAAGGCUUUGGAGAACAGCAGCAAGAAGAUCCAGCAGCUGGAGGCGGAACUGCAGGAGGUGGAGACGGAGAAUCAGAACCUGCAGCGAAACCUGGAGGAGCUCAAGAUCUCCAGUAAAAGACUGGAGCAGCUGGAGCAGGAGAACAAGUGUCUGGAGCAGGAAAGCUCCCAGCUGGAGAAAGACAAGAAGCUCCUGGAGAAGGAAAACAAGCGUCUGAGGCAGCAGGCUGAGAUCCGUGACUCCAAACUGGACGACAGCAACCAGCGCAUCGCCUCUCUGGAGAAGGAGAACCGCACCAUGGGCAAGGAGAUGAUCUUCUUCAGGGACUCGUGCACGAGAGUCAAAGACCUGGAGAGAGAGAACAAGGAGUUGGUCAAACAAGGCAGCAUUGAUAAGAAGACCCUGAUUACCCUCAGAGAGGAGCUGGUGAGUGAGAAGCUUCGUACGCAGCAGAUGAAUAACGACCUGGAGAAGCUGACCCACGAGCUGGAGAAGAUCGGACUGAACAAGGAGCGGCUCCUGCAUGACGAGAGUUCGGACGACAGGUUUAAGCUCCUGGAAACCAAACUGGAGUCGACUCUGAAAUCAUCUUUGGAGAUUAAAGAGGAGAAAAUCGCUGCACUGGAGGCCAGACUGCAGGAAUCCUCCAACCUCAACCAGCAGCUUCGACAGGAGCUGAAGACGGUGAAGAAAAACUACGAGGCGCUUCGUCAGAGAGAGGAGGAGGAGAGGAUGGUGCAGAGCUCACCUCCUCGUGGGGCGGACGACCCUCACCCUGCCAGUAAAUGGGAGAAGGAGAGCCAUGAAGCCACCCGGGAACUGCUGAAAGUGAAAGACCGUCUCAUUGAGGUGGAGAGAAACAAUGCCACGUUGCAGGCUGAGAAGGUGGCCCUGAAGAGUCAGCUCAAACAACUGGAAACCCAAAGCUCCAACCUGCAGGCUCAGAUCGUGGCCGUUCAGAGACAAACGGCCUCCUUACAGGAGAACAACACCACCCUGCAGACUCAGAACGCCAAGCUGCAGGUGGAGAACUCCACCCUGAGCUCGCAGAGUGCGGCGCUCAUGGCCCAGAACGCCCAGCUGCAGAGCCAGCAGAGCAGCGUGGAGGGCGAGCGCGAGGGGGCGCUGAAGGACAAGGAGGAGCUGAGGUCCACCUACGAGCUGCUGCUCCGUGACCACGAGAAGCUGGCGGCGCUGCACGAGAGGCAGGCGGCCGAGUACGAGGCCCUGAUCGGGAAGCACGGCGGCCUGAAGACCUCCCACAAGAGUCUGGAGCAGCAGCACCGGGACCUGGAGGACAAGUAUAAGCAGCUGCUGCAGAAGAAGGGUGACCUGGAGGAGCUGGAGAAAAACCUGAAGGAGCAGCAGGAGAAGAUGGCGCUGGAGAACCAGACCCACGCUGCCACGGCCGAUCAGUGCAAGCAGCUGAAAGAGGAAAACGACAGACUGAACACGACAUAUCGUCAGCUUCUGAAGGACAACGAGAACCUCCAGCUGGACCACAAAAACAUCAAGAGCCAGCUGAACAGUGCCAAGCUGGAUCAGACCAAGCUGGAGGCCGAGUUCUCCAAACUAAAGGAGCAGUACCAGCAGCUGGACAUCACCUCCACUAAACUCACCAACCAGUGCGAGCUGUUGAGCCAGCUGAAAGGAAACCUGGAGGAGGAGAACCGUCACCUGCUGGACCAGAUCCAGACCCUGAUGCUGCAGAACCGGACCCUGCUGGAGCAGACCAUGGAGAGCAAGGACCUAUUCCACGUCGAACAAAGACAAUACAUAGACAAGCUGAAUGAGCUGAGGAGACAGAAGGAGAAGCUGGAGGAGAAGAUUAUGGAUCAGUAUAAGUUCUACGACCCUUCACCUCCACGCAGGCGUGGCAACUGGAUCACAUUGAAGAUGAAGAAGCUGAUCAAGCCAAAGAGCCGAGAGAGGAUGCGGUCUCUCACGCUGACGCCGUCUCGCUCGGAGUCUGGCGACGGCUUCCUGGCGUUUCCAGUGGACAGCCAGGACAGCUCCUCGGUGGGCUCCGGCUCCAACUCUCUAGACGACGCUCUGUCGCACAAGAGGAGCAGCACUAUUAAAAGGUUGCCUUUCAUGAGGAACAGAUCCAAGGACAAAGACAAAGACAAGGCCAUCUACCGGCGCUCCAUGUCCAUGAACGACCUGCUGCAGUCCAUGGCGGUGGCGGGUGGCCCCGGGGCUCAGUGGGCGGGCAGCACCGAGAACCUGGACGGGCCUGAAGCCGGAGACGGCGCCGGGACGGGCAGCAGCAGGCGCAGUGGACAGCGCAUGAAGGAACUGGCCCUUUCCACCAACGCCAUCGAUUGCGCCGCCCUCACCUUGCCCUCUGCGGGACACAGCAGAGCCAAGCACCGGCUUCAGGCCAAAGAAAUUGCCUCCUGCGAGGAUGUUGCUGGUUCUUCAGAUGAUCCUAAAAGUCAAGGCAGUGCUCUGGCUUUGUGUCGUCCUGCCGAGCAGAGCACUAUGUGCAGAGUGCCCUGUAGCAUCUGUACCUCCAGACCCUCCAGUCUCCAUAGCAACAGGACAACCAGUAGCAAUAGUAACAAUAACUCCCACCUAACGUCCCCUCUGGAGGGCAAAGGCACGUUGAAUGGCAGCCUCAGCCGGCCUCACAGCGAAAGCAGCGGCGAGUUCAGCCUGAGUUUGGACCAGGAGAUGUGGUCCAGCAGCGGCAGCAGCCCCGUCCAGCAGCCCACAUCCUCAAGAUCCUCCCACCAGAGUCCCCUGCAGCUGCGCAGGUCCCUGGACCCGUCCAGCGCCAUGGGCAGCCCGGCACCGACCCAGAUCAGGAAGACGGGCUCGCCGGGCAGCGAGGUGCUCUCCCUGCAGCAGUUCCUGGACGAGGGCAUCGACCCGGCAGAGUCUGGAAGUCAGGAGAACCUGACUGUAGACUCGCCCCGCCUCCCCGCCGCCUCUGAGCAUCCUCAGAAAGAACGCACAAAGGGACGCGGCAUAUUACGCUCGUCCAGCGGCAGAGCGGCGCCGGUCGGCGCCGACCGGCCGCCGAGAUCCUCGGGACAGCCGGGCCGGCCCACCCUGCGCAAGGCCGAGAGCACCCGCGUCAAAGGCUCCGCCCCCAUCCGCUCCAGCCUGUCCUCGCAGGGCAAAGCCACGUCCGUGUCCGAGCGGCUGGACUCCGCCUCCUCCACACUGCCGCGGGCCAGCAGCGUCAUCUCCACCGCCGAGGGAACCACGCGCCGCACCAGCAUCCACGACCUGCUGUCCAAGGACAACCGACAGCCCGUUUCCGUUGACGGCGCCCCCGCCGUCGCUGCCGCCAAGGCUGGAGUCCGCUCCCAGCCCACACCCAGUGAGUACCUCGCCAACCUAAAGGGACCCCUUUCCACCUCCUCCACCACCACCGCCGCCCCACUGCCCAAGUCACUCAGCUUACCUUGCCAUAGCUUGGAGGACCCCGACCUUUCCACCCUCGAGUCUUUCCUUGGCCCCUCUUUCACCGUCGAGUCGGUGUUUAUGGACUCCAUCUUUAGCGAGUCAGCAGGCAAAAACCUCCCCUUCCUGUCCUUAAACCCCACCCUGGUCAGCAACAUCAGCGGUCCUCCUGUCUCCAGUAAGACCCACCCCCCCUCCACGGGGCAGAACCACAUGUCCGCCCAGAGCCAGGGCGCUCUCAGCCAGUCGAACGGCCAGAAGAGGUCCGGCUCAGACGGCAUGAACGGCGAGGCCGUCGAGCCCAGUGCGAACAGUUCGGAGCCGCCGCUGAGCCCAGAGGACAACCAGUCCCUGUGGUACGAGUACGGCUGUGUGUGAGGGACCGGGAGGUUUCUGACUUGCUGAUUUCAAUACUAAACCUGGGGAGACUGGCACCGUCUGCAUGUAUUUAUCAAAACUCCGUGUGGUGUUUCGGUUCCUUCUUUUGUUUUCCCAUGGUGCAAUUCGGUGACUUUUUUGGUUUCUUUUUCCUUUAAGAACUGAUCCUCCGUCCAAUCGCUUUCCCAGUAUUCUUUUUUCAUUCGUUUCUCUUGCUAACCCGAUACAGUUAUCUGCCGUGGUCUGUCCAUACAUCAGACACAGUGAUGUUUCUGGGUUACUCUGCAGAGGGAUCUUAUUAAAGGCUGCAUUUCAUGCAGGAGCAGAACUCACUGAGUCACAGCCGUCGAUGAAAAGCAGCAUUUUUAAUGUCAAAAUUAGUAAUAAUAAGUAUUGUGACACUUUAACAGUUUAGUCACAUCAAAAUCUCUCAGUGCGUCAGAUAAUGGAUUCAAUCCUGCUCUUUGUUUUCAUGUUUCCACUGUUUUUUUUUUUUAACUGACUUUAUCCACUUAACAGCUUUGUUGUGUUCCAGUCUGACCUGAAACGCCUCAUUUUGAUUGCAGUGAUCAAAAUGGUUCUUGUGUAUCUUGUUUCUUUUGAUGGUGUGUGUUGUGUUUUGUUUUGUACAUUUCAUGUUUUUUUCCCCUGUAUUUUCUUUUAUUUCAAAUGGAGCGUUUGCUUGUUGAGUGGUGGGUUAUUAACGCAUCUAAACUGACCUUCUGAGCUGGUGAGAAAAAGACGAAGCUUCAUUCUCAAAAUAACCAGAGAAAAGUGUUUUCUGUUGUUUUUGGGUAAGUGAAAGUAGAUGAGCGAGUGGGAAGAUGGCCGCUGAUGCAUUUAGGCCGUUUUUGGAGGUGGUGGUGAUGGAGUGAGUAUUAAUUUGUACGUUAACGACAGAUGGAGACUGUUUUGUGAGUGAAGCUUGUAUCAUUACUGUUGCAGAGGCAUCUUAGGGCCUCACCAAAGAAAAAAUACAGUGUUGAGUUGACGAAAUUCGGAAGCUUGAAAUUUAAUUGGCAAAGUUCAUAUUUUAUAACUGAAUUUUGGGAGAACAGAGAAGAAGUUUCAUAAUUAUUUAUUCACAAAAUUUGUGUUCCCAUGUUGAAUUUUAUUCGCAACAUUUCCAGUUUGUUCCCAACAUUUUGACUUCCGCCUGUAUUAUUUCAUUGUUGUCGCGUUAAAUUCUGUUGUCUCUUUACUUCCACUGACGUGCCACAGCCUGACAAUGGUUAAUUUGUAUUAUAAAGCGAUAAGAUCUUGUACAGACCAUCAUAAUCAAUAAGUUAUAAUCAGAGACGAGCACUACCUAUUGUGCCAAUACUAGUAGAAGCGUUUGCAUAGAGGUAUUAAUUUAUUUUUUUGCUUUUGGACUCGGCAGCUGCUGUUUGAAAGUUGACUCGGCGUAUUUAUCUCGGCCCCGCAGGCUGAAAUAAAACUGUUGUUUCCGUCGUCGCGCUGCAGAUGUAACCCAAACGUUGCCUUUGUCCUACAGAUGUGGAGGGCAGAAAGUC